AUGAAGUCAAUCCUGUGUCUCGCUGCUUUGGUGGCCGUGGUAGUUGGUGCCACCGCAGUUCCAGCCCCUCGUGGUUUGAAGGAAGACUUUGAGGACUUCCUUGCCUUGGUUCCGGUCGAUGAACUAACAAAGCUGGCCUUAGAUUACUACAAAAACGAUAAAGAAGUACAGGAGGUCUUCGCUUACCUGCAAGGCAAGGAAUUUGCUGCCGUUUGGGAUCAGUUGUUUGCCCUAAAGGAGGUUAAGGAUCUGUUGAACUACCUGGAAGAUGCUGGACUACCGGUGUACGAUGCACUGAAUUUUGUUGCCGAUUUCCUGGGUCUGAAUCAUGUCAAGCCAAUGCACUUUAUUCGCAGCUUGAAAACCGGCGGACUUAAUGGAUUUUUCGAUGAAGCCCAAGCUCUGCUGCCCUUGGACAAGCUGAAGGCCUUAUUUGAGGAAAAACUGAAGACCAGCCCGGAGUUCAAAGCUCUGUUCGAAAAACUUCAGCAUGCUGAUUUUCAAAAGCUAGUGGAUUUCUACAAUAACUCCGUGGAAGCUCAAUCGCUAUUUCAAAUGCUGCGUGACCACGGUGUGGAUGUUGACAAAUUUGUCGAACUUGUGGCCGCAUUCUUCGGCUGGGGAAAUGUUGCUGUUGCUAACGAACACGCCGAUGAGAAACAUGGCAUUGAGCAGUAUAAAAGAUGUCGUUCGGUGACAGUUCAGUAUCAGUUUCACUUUUCACUAAUUGAAGUUCACUACAAACGAUUUUCACCAACCAUGAAACCAACUUUGGUUCUUGUUGCUCUGGUAGCAAUCAUCACCUGUGCCUCGGCAGUUCCGGCACCCCGUGGUCUACUGGAAGACUUCGAAGAUUUCGUGGCUUUAGUUCCGGUCGAUGAUCUGGCAAAGUUGGCUUUCAAUUACUACCAGAACGAUAAGGAUGUUCAGGACUUUUUCGCUUAUCUGCAAGGAAAGGAAUUCUCCACCGUUUGGGAUCAAUUUUUCGCGCUGCAUGAAGUAAAGGAUCUACUGCACUAUUUGAAUGAUGCUGGAGUGCCUGUGUAUGAGGGUUUGAAUUUCGUUGCUGAUUUCCUCGGACUAAACCACGUCAAGCCGGUGCGCGUCGUUCGUAGUUUGAGAACUGGUGGACUAUCUGGGUUCGUCAAUGAAGCUUUGGAACUGUUUCCUAAGGACAAGUUUGAAGCGCUGUUUGAGGAGAAGCUAAAGACCAGUCCGGAAUUUAAGGCUCUGUUUGAGAAGCUGCAGCGCUUUGAUUUCCAUAAGCUGGAGGAGUUCUAUAAUAACUCCAAAGAAGUGCAGUCUCUGUUUGCCAAGCUGAGAGAAUACGGUGUUGAUAUCGAUAAGUUCGUAGAGCUCGUCGCUGAUUUCUUUGGAUGGGGAAAACACUAA